UGCUAACACUGUGCAUCUGCUGAAAAAUGGCUGACACUUUUAAUUGCCGAAUCAAGUGAUUGUUUUAGUGUAUUUUGUUUGCUAUAAUGCUAAAAUAUGCACAAAAUUACUUAAAUAUUAUUAACGAAUGUAAUUUAAUGCUACACUAAUUUAAUAUAUGUGUUGAAACACAAUAAAAGAAAAGACUGCGCACAAAGUAACUGCACAAUAAAGCUAUCCAAAUGAUGAACAACCAUUUUCAUUUGCAAGCACAUGACCACGGCAGCGCGUCGUCAAAUGUCGCGCCGCAAUUUGCUGGCGCUGUCGCUGCGCCAACAACCACAUACAGUUAUUUAGCACAACCAUCAGCCGCGGUGCCAAGUCCCCAGCAAUGGUUGACCUAUCAAAUAUUGCCGCCCCCACCGCCGACACUUGCGACAAAUACAGUUGGCCAACUACCGCCGACACUAGGUGGCCCGAAGCGAUAUUAUACAAAUGCGACAACAACAACGGCAGCAGCAACGCAUCCGAAUAGCAUUCAAAUAACCAACAACUAUGCGCAGCAGACGCAGCCGCAGUCGGGUUCCUUUAAGACGAAUAACAUCAACAAUAUACGCAUUAUAAGCACAGCACCCAAUGUUUAUAGUCUUAAUAAAACCGCAGAUCAAUUAAAUCAGCUAUAUGCAACGCCCACAUCGUCAACUGCCGUUACUCCUGCCACGGAACUGUAUGCCCCAGUUGGUGCAUACUAUGCAGCCCCACCAAAUCUACAGCCCAAACUGCAACCACCGCCGCUGGUGCCAGUUAGCAACAACAAUAACACUAAUCACAACAACAACAAUAAUGUUGCCCUCAGCAAUGUCACAAAUAGUGCAGCACCUUCGUCGACCGUUGUGCUGGAUCGCAUUAACAUAUGCAUCAAUAAUCACUACACAGAACCAAACCUCUGCCAGCCUUCGCCCAUUAUACCCGCUAUACAGCACAAAGCGGUUAUGCCGAUCAUUGAUAGCAGCACAGCUGACAGUAGUUGCAGCAGCAGCAGCAGCUGCUCGACGGGUCGCAGCAGCAGUGCGGCCACAUCUGCUGCUGUCAUAGUCAUAGACGAGCCGGACUCCACAACAACAACGCCCCAUACUCCACCCACAACACCAGAGACUCUAAGCUCGCCCAUUAAAUCACCCGGCAGCAGUAAUAGCUGCGUGCUCUUGCCAACGACUGUACUGAAGCAGAGCUUCACCACAGUCACACAGAGCAUUGAGGAGGAGGCUGUUGAAAUAUCAGCGGCGGCUGCUGCACCUCCCACCCCACCCACACCACCACCACCAGCAGCACUAGCACAUAGUCCCCCUCCGAUCACAUAUGCGCUACAGGAGGAUGUGUUCAUAAAAUGCAACGAUGGACGCUUCUAUUUGGGCACCAUAAUAGCACAAUCUGAUGAUCAGUAUCUGGUGCGUUUCGACGACAAGUCGGAGCAAUGGUGCGAGGUGGAGAAACUUCGCAAAUUGGGUAACGAACCGAGCACAGGCGGCACAGCCGCCAGCCAAAACGGACCAAUGUGCGUCGCCUGCAAGCGGGCGCAGCACGAGGAUGUUGUCGAAAUUUGCGAACGUUGUGGCCGUGGCUAUCAUCGUGGCUGCACCACCGAAAUAGCCAGUGGCGUCUGGUGCUGCAAGCGUUGCGCAAAACCCAUGAAAAUGCAACCAGCUCUCGAGACCAACAAACCGCCCGGCAUUUGUCGCCAGCUGCCCUAUCAUGCGGACAAGCUGAGCUGGGAUGAGAAGCACCGCGUGAAUGAGGAGCAAAUCUAUUGCUAUUGCGGCAAGCCUGGAAAAUUCGAUCACAAUAUGUUGCAAUGCUGCAAGUGCAAGAACUGGUUUCACACCCAAUGUAUGCAGAACUUUAAGCGCAAGCUGCUGCGCGGCGAUAUCUUCUUUGUAUUCUGCUGCACUGUGUGCAACAAUGGCGUUGAAUUCAUUCGUCGCCUUCAAAUCGAUUGGGUGGACAUGCUGCACAUAACGCUCUACAAUUUGCGCAAGCAUCAGCAUCAGAAGUAUCAUCAUUUGCUAAAAGACAUUUGGCCGUUUAUACUGGAGCAGCGACAUCAGCUGCCCAUUUGCGAGGAGUGGCGCCAGUUGCCGGAGACAACGCUAAUGGAGCGAAUUAAGCAGACGCUGAAGGAGUAUUCGGAUCGAUUUAUAUGUGGACGGGAGUUCAAGCGUGCGCCUGCCUACUACGCACUGCGACACAGCGGACCGCCAUUGACGCCGCGUGUAUUUCUGCAGCCAGACGAUGUACUAUGCGAUGAACUGUUGGUUAACAAAUUUAAGUUGCUUUUGAUGCCAGAGGAAGGCCUGGAGACCAGUCAAGGGCAGUCGAACGCAGUUAAAGAGAGCGCGAACACCAAAACUUCGGUGGCCAAAGAUGUGUACGAGUUUCAUACGGACGAUGAUGAGGAGGAAGCAGUCGAGGCUGAGGCGGAAGUCGACACCAGCGAAGAUGAGAUACCCAUCAAGCAGAUUAUCGAGAAGGUCAAAAAGCAGAAUAAGCAACAGCAGCAGCAGAAAGAGCAGCCAGUGACAUCGAACGAAGAUCUGCAGAUAAACAAGUCGGGCAAGCGCACGCCUGAUCUGGCAGAUGAUAAUGCCAACGAUGGCGAUCCGAGCAAAAUGCAGCAAAUGGGGCCCGCUCCACCACAGCUGGAUUCCACUGCCAACAAUAAUGGCAUUAGCAACAGCAACGGCAAUAGCCGCAAACGCAAGGCAUUCCGCUUGUCGAAACGUUACGACAACAGCCGCCACUGUGAUCUCUCUUCAGAUGAGAAUUCGAGCAGCAGCCGUGGCACCAGCUCGCUGGAUCUCAUUAUACCGCCGCCGGCAAAUUUUCUGGGUCGCAAUAAUCCCUUCUUAAUGGCAACGCCCAAGAAGUCGACACAGCAACGUGUCGGUGCUGGUGCCGCUGGAGUGGCGGGCAUCAUCAAUAGCAUUUUUAAGCUAAAGAACGUGAAGCAGUUGAGCAGCAGUGAGCUGGCCAAGGCAACGGCUGCCGCACAGCAGCCACGAAUGGUGCGUACCAUUAAGCGAAGACUGAGUGCCAAAGAUAUUACCAUUGGGCCGAAUCAGGAGGUGCGCAGGCGGCGCACUCGUCGUCUGACCACGGCCAUUGAGGUGAUCAACACGACUACAAUAAAUCCCAUACCCAGCCACUACUUUCCCAUAUAUGCCAAAGAUUUGCAGCCACCGGCCCCACUGCUGCCACCAGAGAAGCCCAGCCAUGGCCGUUUGCUGCGCCAGCGACCCCAAAAAUCUCGAUGCGGCACACCGACAGACAGUCGACGCAAUUCCACCAGCUCCACAGUAACCAAUGGCAGCAGCAGCACCAGCAGCGGUGGAGGCGGGGCACCCGGUGCCAAUGGGCAUUCAAUGCUUGAUCUAAAGCAGUCUGUGAACAGAUAUUUCGGUGGAGCCAUGAAUCGGAUCGAUGCCGGCGAAUCGUUUGCCAUACGCGCCAAACGCCGCAUGAGCGAUGGCCAGGUGCAAUAUCUGGUUGAAUGGGGAAGUGAUUCGGCGACUGCUGCUGCUGCUGCCGUUGCCCUCACAAACGGAAUCUAAGCAUUUGGCACCUGAUGCUGACAACUGAUAACUGAUUACGGAUUACUUAUUAUCUUAUUAUUUUUCAUUGAUGGUAUUUUUAGUUAUGGCUUAAGCCGAAAAUUGCUGCCAGGUUUUUAGGCCCAAUUUUGUUUUGUUAAUCUUAAAAAAAAUGAAAAAACGCCACUGCCAAAAUAGCAAAAUGUUUUUGGCAUUUAACAAAAAAAUGCAACUGAAUACAGGUUUUAAUAGUGCAAUGGCAGUAUAUAUUGUUGAAAUAGUUUAAAAUGUAACUGAAACAUAAUUUUCUUUGUAUAUCGAAAUUUGGCACUUGAAAGUAUUACAACAUUAAACUGAA